AUGCCGACCCCAGCCAGGGGGCGCGAAGCGUUAUUUCAGUACGUACAGAUUGCCCUCGUGGCGGCCGCAGCCACGCAGCUGCACCUGAGCGGCUCAAUUAUAAGCACCCUCCCUCCACUCCCUGCCGACGUCAUCCAUGCCGGGCAGUUCGAGACCCUGGGCGACGGCGACGGCGAGGGCGGUGGACCCGCUCGCUCCAUCGAGGGCUGGGUGAUUAUCGUAUCUGGUGUCCACGAGGAGGCCCAGGAGGACGACGUCUUCGAGGCGUUUGCCGAGCACGGGGACAUCAAGAACCUGCACCUCAACCUCGACCGGCGCACGGGCUUCGUGAAGGGCUACGCCUUCAUCGAGUACGAGACCAAGCAGGAGGCCGAGGCUGCGAUCAAGGGCAUGGACAGCCAGGUGCUCCUGGAGCAGAAGCUGUCCGUGCAGUGGGCCUUUGCGAAGCCCGGGGGGCGCAGGCGCCGGAAGUGAUCAGCCUAAGCCGCGAAGAAUCGCAAAUGAUUCCCUUUAGGUGUUCGUACCUCUUCUCUCCUACUAUCUAUCGUCGUCUUUUGAUGUCAGUUCUUGUCUCCGCCACCUAAAGAAAGCGCGCCUCUUCGCGCUGAUCCUUUUCCCAGAGGGAUGGCAGUACAGAAAAAUUCCUUUGAAUGCACGGCAAUGUCACUUGCCGAGCUCGGCGCACUUGCUUGAUGGGACUCUUCGGAGUUAUGAACGCAGCAUUACGAUUCGGAGCGGCGAAAA